AUGCUAACUCCUGUGCUCCUCGUUCUCCUCCUGCUGGUUCUAGCCCUGUUGACAAGGCGGCAUGGGGGGUUCUGCUCUCCGAAGAACUCGGGGAGGCUGCCUGGGCCUUGUGCCUUGCCCUUCGUUGGCAAUCUCCUCCACCUGUUCCACCCCGACCUUCCCAUGCACUUCCAUGACUUGGCUCGGCAAUAUGGCUCCAUCUUCCGCCUUCGCCUUGGCAGCAAAGACAUGGUGGUUCUGAACAGCACGGAUCUGAUUCGGGAGGCGCUGCUGCGGAAGUGGUCUGAUUUUGCAGGACGGCCUCAUGGAUUUGUUGCAAACCUUGUUUCGUUGGGAGACAAGGACCUCUCCUUGGGCAACUAUACGCCGACCUGGCGUCUGCAGAGAAAAAUGGCCCACGUAGCUUUCCAGCGCUGCCUGCGAGGAAACAUGGAGCAGAUUGUCCAGAGCCAGGCUCGGCAGCUCUGCAAGGUUUUCCAUGGGUAUGGGGGCAAACCUGUGGACUUGGCUCAGGAUUUCUCCCUGCAAGCUUGUGGGAUCAUCUGCAGCGUCUUGUUUGGGCCUUUGGACAAUUUCACCAUUGAGAAACUGCAUGACUGCAUCUACAAGAUAAUGGAAAAGUGGGGUGCAAUCUCUGUCCAGGUGGUGGAUGCCUUCCCGUUCCUCAAGGUCUUCCCCAAUGCCAAUUUGCGCCACCUGCUCUCCUGCGUCAAAAGCCGGGAUGCCUUGGUCCAGCAUGUGAUGAAGAAACACCAGGAGCCCCACAGCACCUCAGAAGGACAGGACAUGGUGGACCACAUGCUGCAAUUCCAGCAUGACCAUGGGGCUAGUGAGUGCAAGGGGACGGGCCUUGUGCCGGAACACGUCCACAUGGCCAUUGUUGACAUGCUCAUCGGAGGUACUGAGACCACAGCAACUUUACUCAACUGGGCUGUGGCCUUUUUGGUGCAUCGCCCACAGAUCCAGGAGCGAAUCCACGAAGAGCUCAUGGCCGUCGUGGGAACGAGCCGCGACCCCGCCUAUAGUGACAGGGAGCACCUGCCCUACUUGAACGCCACCAUAUUGGAGACCUUGCGCAUGCGCCCCUCGGCAGUCCUUGCUUUGCCCCACAUGACCAUCCGGGAUACAAGCUUGUCUGGUUAUUCCAUUCCCAAGGGGACAACAGUCAUCACUAAUCUCUAUGGGGCCCAUCAUGACGAGAGCAAGUGGCACCGCCCCCUGGAGUUCAGACCAGAGAGGUUCCUGGAGGAGGACCCCUCGGGGGAGGCCCAGAGACAACUCAUCCCGUUCGGUUGUGGGGCACGGGUCUGCCUGGGGGAGACUCUGGGGCGCAUGGAGUCUUUCCUCGUCCUUGCAAACAUCCUGCGGGAUUUCCAGAUAUUGCCCCCAUCGCCUGGACACCUCCCUGACCUCAGGGGGUACUAUCACUUUAUUGUGCAUUGCAAGCCCUUCAGGGUGCGGCUGGUUCCCUGGGCAGCGGCAUCUGAUCUUGCAAAAUGA